AUGGAAAUUCCUUUUAGCCAUGUACUGUUGUUCUUUGUCGUCCUGGUCUCGAGUCAUUAUUCGAAAUCCAAUCUGUUCUGUUCUGCUGAUCCUACGGCCGGUUUCACUGAGGUACCGUUGACAGAUGCAAACUUCGAGCUGCAGAAGCCUUACAACAUUCCACUGGAUGAGCGCUACAGCUUUGUGGAUGGGGUGCGCAAGCUGUGGGUCUAUGCCGACGACAAGCCCCAUGAUCCAAGCAGUCACACUCAACCACGCACCGAAGUUCGGAUCAAAGGUCUGGACUACUCAUCUGGAGUCUGGCAAUUCGAAGGGCACGGUUUUGUGCCCAAUGGGACAUCUGGCGCUACGAUAGCCCAAAUACAUGGCGCAGCUCACGGAGCUACUACCAUCAUCCUGAGGAUCUAUGAUGGGGACAUGCGGUACUACAGCGGGAACCUUAUUGCCACCGGCCUUUACGACAGGUGGUUCAGGCUUAACAUAAUCCACGACGUCGAUGGAGGGAAAGUGACCGUGUUUCUUGACGGGAAUCAAGUGUUCCAGGUGGCCGACAAAGGGCCGGGCGAUCUGUACUUCAAGUGUGGAGUGUAUGGGGCGCCGACUAACAUAAGCUACUACAUGGAAUCGAGGUGGAGAGACAUCAAAAUCUACAAGAAGUGA